AUGGAUGACACGAAGAAGAACCUUGCUCAGACUGUUGGCGGCUCGACAGAGGCGGCCGAGAAAGGGCCACCUCGUGGUAGGAGAGUAUCACAAUGGGAAGGUCCUAACGAGGAAUUCCUGCAAAUGCUGAUGAAUUUGGGGAUAUCGAAAAACGCAGCUGUUAAGGUACUGUGAAAAUUGCUUAAGAUUUGUUCACGUGUCAUGUCAAGAUUUGCUCCGCCGCGAGGAAAGCAAUAUUUUCGCCUCGAUUUGGUGUUUUAUUGGUUUCUAUUUCCUUAUGAAUUGUAAAAAAGAGUCUUGCCGUACUGUUUAACUUGUAAAAACCUUUAUUUGUUUGGAAAACUGACAGUAUGCGUAUGUCACGCGGCGAAGCCCCCCCCCCUCCCGCCUCUCGCGCGCCUCCAGGGGGGGAAACCAUGUAAAAGGGCGUGGAUCAAUUUAGAAGUGGUUCAAGUAUAUUUGCCCUUUUAAUAAACGAUACCAAUCUAUUCCCUGCUAACAGAGGCUUUUUUCUCCAAUGUGUAGUUCCAGAAAGUGUCCAUACUCCCCCCACAGAAGGGAUUGGAAAUUCCUGGGGGAUGGGGGGUUCUCAAAGGCCCCAAAAUUUAAGUAAAUGUAUGAAGCUUGACUGGAAUUUCCAGAGAGGUGGGGGGAUCUAAGGAAAAAUCCCUUUCAUGGGAGAGGUAUGGAUAAUUUUUGGAACCACACAAUACAAGAGAAAAGAGGCCUGUGCUAGCAGACAAACCAUUCUUUUACAGAUAUUAAAAUAAUGGCUAUGGUAGUUGUUUUACCCCUAAAAAUAAACCAUUGGGCCACCAGCUGAAUUGUCAGAUGUCAUACAAAAUUUCAUUGUUUGGUAAUUUUCAUGUAGAUGAAAGACUUCCACAGAUCAAUAGAAAACUUUCAAAUUAAAAUUUGGUAAAAUUAACAGGUUUCAUGGGAAUAAGGGUACAGUUUAAACUCUUGAGUGAAGAGUGGAACCUGCAUUGCUGUUAAUAAUAAAUUGUUAUUGUUCUGUUUUAGUCGCAGGAGUGUUUCGCAAAAUAAAAUUUCAGACUUCCCAUGAAUUAUCUCUAAUCAGAAAAUUAUAGAGGGUAAUGCACCAUACUCCAAAAUGAUGGCAAUUAAAUUUUCUUAAAUUCAUAAUUAGCUAAAUUAGCUGUCUUUGCCUCUAUUGCAUCUGCAAAAUUCAAAUCAAGACAUUCUGGAUCCAAUAAUUUGUUAUUAAGAAAACAAUAAGUGAAUUUCCCACCAUUCUGGCAUAGGUAUACCCUGCAAGCAGAGUCUCCUUCGAUCUUCCUAGAUAAGUCGGGAAGAGGAAGUUGUGUCAAAUUGCAAGGUUUAAUGAGUAACUCAGUUUGAAAGCGAGGCCGCCUGAGGCUUGGUUACAUUUGAAUUUGGAGCAUGCUCAAUAGAAACUGAGCAGGCCACUAGCAGAGUCUCCUUCCUCUUCCUGACUUAUCUAGGAAGAUCGAAGGAGACUCUGGUCGCAGGGCAGCAUAGGUAAAGAUCUCAUGUUUAAUCUCGUCAAAUUGGUAACAGGCAAAAUUUUAUGCAUUCCAGGGUCUAUUCAUGACUGAUAACACUUCUGUUGAUGCUGCUGCGAGCUGGGUGCUGGACAAUCAGCAUCUGGAGGAUUUAGAUGAGCCUUUCAAGGUAGAUAAAUAAUUACAGUCAACUCUCUCUAAGACGGACACCUUGGGGACCGGCACUAAGUGUCCAUCGUAGAGAGCUGUCCAUCUUAUAGAGAGUCAAAUAAAGGGAGUAAAGAAAGGCAGGGACCAACUCUAAGUGUCCGUUUUACAGAGGUUUCCGUCUUAUAGAGGUGUCCGUUAAGGGAGAGUCAACUGUAUUAUAAAGAAAAAAACAAUGGUCUGUUACCCUCAGCAGCAGAAUAUAAGGGUAUGAUGUGUAGUUUAGUUUCAUCAAACACUGUGGUACAUGCCCGGGGGGUGGGGGGGGGGGUGGUACUCCAGAUUUCAAGUGACAGGUAUGAUCCAAGGAUUAUGGUUGUGGUGCAGACACGGGUGUUCUGUGAGUAGUGAUGUGCGUUUAUUGUUGUGUGAUAGUUGUAAGAGAAACAAAAUAAAUAAAAAGAAACAGUGGUUUAUCGCACAGGAGAUAGUUGAGUGUUGGUAUUUGUUUAAGUUUGGUUGUGCUGAUGAGUGAGUGUGUUGUAGUGUGGGUGUAGGGGUGGUUUGGGGGGUACUCCAAAUUUCAAGUGACAGGUAUGAUCCAAGGAUUCUUUUGGGUUUCAGAUUUUCGAUUCCAGGAUUUUUUUGGGUAGGAAAGUUUGGCAAAGUAGUUUUUUGGUGAUUUGAUUUAAGGUCCACAUAUCCCAGCCACUUUGUUCUUGUUUUCCUUUCUGGAGACUUUUAAGGCCCAAAAAUUCAGAAUAGGAUUGUUUUGGGAGUUAAUGUUUGGUCCAGGGAUUUUUUUGGGUUUUGUUUGAACCACUAGGGUCUUUUUUGGAUUUAGAUUUUUGGCCCCCUUCAAACAUCCGUGUCACUUGAAAUCUGGAGUACCCCCCCCCCGCCGUAAACUCCCCAGGGGUGCAUGCUGCAUCGGUACAAGAGUAAAAUACAAAAUUGUGGGUCUUAAGCAAGAGUUGAUCUGUCAAUUUACCACUGUUAUAAAAUGAACGCCAGAGUUUUCCUCUUGUUCCGUACCCGAAAUAGGGAAAGGGACUGUGGGUAUAUUUGUCUAAUUAUAAGCAGUUUAUUGUCCCAUAUCUUCUAGUGUCUGGUUUUGUUAGGUAACUGUGGACUGUGAGUAUUUUUUGUUGUGAUAAAUUUUUGUACUGUCAAACCCCGCUUCAUGGACACCUGCUUUACAUGGACACCUCAUUAUUACAGACAGUUUGCUUUGACCCAAAUUAUGGGAAAAAAACCUAUCCAUCGUUUUCUAAAUUCAGCCCACUAAAUACGGACCAUUAAUGCUGUCACUUUCUAUGGCACUUUCGCUGUCCGUAUUAUCAGCGUUUGACUGUACAUGUCUUGCACUUUUAUUUUGAUGCCUAAAGAAUAAAUUUAUGUCUUGUCUGCAGGCAGGUAAAGAUGCCCGAGCGCUGGAAGCCCAUCCAUUUGCACGCACUUACCCUCUGGAUGAAAAGACCAUGAAAAGCCCUUACAAAAUGGUGUUUGUUGUCAACACAGAACUGAACAUGGGUCCCGGUAAAAUUGCGGCCCAGGUUGGCCAUGCUGCUGUUGGUCUUUAUAAGGAACUGGCCUCAAAACCACAGAAGUAUGACUACAUGUUAUCCCAAUGGGAUGAUUUUGGGUAAGUUGUGAGAAUUUGUAGGCUGAUAUUAGGAUGUUAAGAAUUUGUUCAUUUUCUUUUUCACUUUGUAAACUAGUCAGGCGCUCUCUGGGGUCAUCGGUAAUCUACCAACAGAGCUAGUACUGCCUUGUUUUGUUUGUUUUUUAAAUUUAAUUUAUGUCUGUAUUACUCCUUUUUCCAUUUCAAUCUUUUAGAGGAACAAAAAUUGUGCUGAAAGGUAAAAAUUCAGCCCACUUAUUCGACUUAGAGGACCUAGCUCAAAAAGCUGAGAUGCCGUACUAUCUUGUACAUGAUGCUGGAAAGACACAGGUGUGAACUUUGAUUUUUAUUAUAUACUUUUUUUGCAAGUCCAGUCUAGACCAACUAAGUCCAUUCCUUGGUUUCAAAUUAACACUUUGCACAUAACAUUUUGUUUCAUAAACAUUUGUCACAUUCAUCUCUUCACGGGAAAAUAUGAACACAUGAUUGACCAGCUCCCAACGUCAGUGGCUUCAUAGCUUAGUUGGUUAGAGUGUGUCUCACUGGUAUCGCGAGGUCACGGGUUCAAAUCCUAUUGAAGUCCUGAAUUUUUUUCAGGCUUCUUAUGCAAUUGCAUAAAUUGCAUUCACAACUGCGAGGACCAUUCUUCAUUUGAUUUUGACAUGUAUCUCUGUUUGUUCUUAUGAUAUCACCCAAACAGAGAGCUUCCUCACAGGCAAUUUUAUUCUGAGCCAGUGAGGGUAGGGCUGCACUCCCUGGGGCUAUUCCCUAUAAUGGCCUUGACUGGAAGGCUCCGCCCAGAAGAGGUAUCUUUUUCAGGAUCCAGUUAUGUGAAAAGGUGGGGAUUUCACUACCUGAAGUGUAUGAAAGGGUAGGGGAAUCUGUCAUUUCGGUCUACAGAUCGGAGAGGGCCAAAGGGGCUGGCGGAUGCAUUUUGUGGUAUGUGAAAAGGUUGAGAAAAUAUUCUGUUUUUGUGAUAAUUAAUUCAUAUUUUAAAGACAGUUUGCAAAGUUCUCAACUGGGUAUAUAAAAGGGGUACAUUUUCCGUCCAAAAUGGUAUUUCAAAGGGUAAGAGGUUGGGGUUGGACCUCAGGACAAAGCCUUCCUAUACACAAGUUUGUUGAGUACCACCCCCCUCCCCCUCCCAGUCAGGGUCGGUUGGACAUUUCCAAGAAAAAUCAGUUAAUCAGUUCUUGUAGUUUAUACAAAUGUCAAUUAUACACAUGCGUGUCUGAUAAAUACAUCAUGUAUCUUUUACAAUGUAUUGCUUUGCUCACACACUGUAUUGCAUUAUUGCUUAAUUGCAGGUAGCAUCUGGUUCAUUAACAGUUAUUGGUCUUUUUGGUUCCUCAUCAGAAGUAGGGACUCUAACUGGGACAUUGUCAUUACUAUAG